AGGUACCCAUUCGCAAAUAUGACGUUCAUAAACGGAAUCACACCGAUAGUGAGUGAGUUGUUAUACCUACCUGUCGAGACUCGAGAGAAAAUCGUUUUAAAUUCAUGCGAAUAAAAAUCAUUUUCGAAGAAAAUUACAAAUAUGUCCCUACAAUGGUGCAAGUGCAAGUUCUAUAUCCCCAAAAGAUAUGUAGUUUUAUUUAUGAUAUUUAUCGGGUACGCGAAUAUGUUUUAUUUGCAUUCGAAUUUGGGUAUGGCUGUGGUAGAGAUGACCAGUGUGAAAAACAUCACGCAUCUAAAUGGAACCGUUGAACAGAAAGCAGACUUCGAUUGGAGUUCACGUGAAAAGGGUAUCAUACUGGGUAGCUUUUCCUACGGUGGAUUGUUCAGUCCAAUCGGUGGUGUUCUAUCAGGAAAAUUUGGAGGAAGUAGGAUUUUCAGUAUUGGGAUCUUGAUUACAGCAUUGGUCACAUUUUUUAGUCCAAUUCUGUUGAAUAUCAAUUUUUACCUAUUUGUCGUCUGCAACGUCGUAUUGGGAGCUUUUGAGAUAUUUUCAUACGCGAGUGUCACACAACUCACCUCACGCUGGUGUCCUCCUGAUGAACGAUCAACGUUCUUUUCCCUCCCUCUAGUCGGAAUGAGUCUCGGUUCUGGUGUAUCUUUUAUUGUUUCUGGAUGGAUAAUGAGUACUUGGAAUUGGAAGAUACUCUUUUAUGUCAGUGGAAUAGCACUAUUCGUGUGGUAUUGGAUUUGGUUGUUGAUCGUAAAGAAUGAUCCGUCAGAGGAUAAACAGAUUAGUGAUGUUGAAAGGUCAUAUAUAAAAGAAAAAAUCAAUUGCAACUAUAGUAAUGAAAAGCUUGUGUACCCUUGGAAAAAAAUUUUGACUUGUGUGCCAUUUUGGAUUGCCUGCUUAGCGAAAUUUGUGACAGGAUGUGGAUAUACUUUCACAUUCAUGUAUAUGCCCCAAUAUAUUAAAGAUACCAAUAACAUAGAUAUUGAAAAAAUAGGCUACAUUUCGAUGGUUCCUCAAAUUUGUGCAGUGAUUUCUGGAUCCAUCAGCGGAUGCAUAGGCGAUUAUAUGAGAUCACAUAAGAUCCUUUCGGUCACAAAUAUCCAUAAACUUUUGAUAUGCAGCAGCACAUUUGGAACAGCGGUCGCUUUCAUGUUCAUAGUUUUAUGGUCAAAUUUGAUGGUUAGAAUAAUCGCAGUAUCUGUGAUACAAUUUUGUAUUACGUACGCAUUGAUGACCAUUCUGGUUCUGUUCGUUGAUCUCACACCAAAAUAUGCUUCGCUUCUGAAUUCAAUAGCAAACGUAUUUUAUACCGGUUCUGGGAUAGUUACUCCAAUAUUAGUUGGAUUCAUUGUCACUUCUCAUUAUACGUAUUGUACUUGCAGAGCGUUCACCAAUGGAACAUUUGCUUUAUAGCUUUAAGCUGCCUGAGCUCUGUUAUUGGAUUACUUUACUUGAUACUUGGAUCUGGGAAGCUGCGAUCUUGGGCUAAUUACAUUCCUAAUAAUGAUAGCAGUACAAUAAAAUAAAAUCCUUAAUUAAACGCGAUAAACUUCACAAUCUGUUGAUCCAGCAUUGAAAUAAAUAUUUCUUUUCUAACGAAACUGAACAAAAAUUCAAUUGCCUGGUGAAUGAUAAAGAAGCCUGAGAAUCUACGAGGUGUGAGAGGUAAUAAAUACCUCAUCAUGUUGCAAUGUCUGUUGAUACAAUGACUUCUAUUCAACUUAUUAAAUAUCAUUUACCAUCUGCUACUCUACGACGAAUAGAACAAGUAUCUUACCUACCUACUAAGAGGUUUCUGUAAUGAAUAAUGAUGCAAUCUUUUACUUACCGUACCUACUUAUUUUAUUUUUAAUCCUGGCUGAUAUCGAAAGAAUUGCCUAAUUAAUAAAUUCCGAAUGUUUCUAAGUACCUAUUUUAAUUCCGUUCGCGUUAAAAUAAGUAGAUAUUUAAUCAUAAACAGCAAAUCUUGAGGAUUAGACGUAUUUAGUCGUUCGACGAGUUAAAAAAAAAUAAAAUAAAAGAUGUAUCUACCGUGAUAA